UCGCCAUCACCAUCAUAUCAUCCCCUCUCCUCCUCUCCUUCUUCCUCCCUCUCAUCUCUCUCCAUUGCUAGCUCCUCAUCACUCCAUACAAACAACAAGAACACAACACACUUGAUAUAUAUACCUCACACACACUCAUGUCCAUUUCUCCCUAGCUACUUAUAUCCAUCAUAUCUAUCUACAUACUUGAUCAAAAUCACAGCAAGAUCGGCAAUGAGGAAGCCGGAUUGCGGCGGCGGGGGAGGGGCGGCGAAGGGCGGCGGCGUUCUGGGUGUGGCGGGAGGGAACAAUGCGGCGGUGGUGGGGGGGAAGGUUCGGAAGGGGCUGUGGUCGCCGGAGGAGGACGAGAAGCUGGUGGCGUACAUGCUGCGGAGCGGGCAGGGGUCGUGGAGCGACGUGGCGAGGAACGCCGGGCUGCAGCGCUGCGGCAAGAGCUGCCGCCUCCGGUGGAUCAACUACCUCCGCCCCGACCUCAAGCGCGGCGCCUUCUCGCCGCAGGAGGAGGACCUCAUCGUCAACCUCCACGCCAUCCUCGGCAACAGGUGGUCUCAGAUCGCUGCCCGGCUACCGGGGCGCACCGACAACGAGAUCAAGAACUUCUGGAACUCCACCAUCAAGAAGCGCCUCAAGAUCUCCUCCUCCUCGGCGUCUCCGGCCACCACCACCGACUGCGCCUCCCCGCCGGAGCACAAGCUCGGCGCCGUCGUCGACCUCGCCGGCGGCGGCGGCGCCACGGACGACGUCGUUGUCGGGACAGCUAAUGCUGCCAUGAAGAGCAUGUGGGUGGAUUCCUCGUCGUCGUCGUCGUCGUCUUCCUCGUCGAUGCAGAGCCGGCCGUCGAUAAUGGCGGCGGCGGCGGCGGGGAGGAGCUACGGCGGCCUCCUCCCACUCCCCGACCAGGUCUGCGGCGUCGACACCUCGCCGCCACCGCCGUUCUUCCACGACCACUCCAUCUCCAUCAAGCAAGCAUACUACGGAUCAACCGGCGCCCACCACCACCACCACGCGAUCGCCACCAUGGACGGAUCAAGCUUAAUAGGAGAUCAUCACCAUCACAGCAGCAGCAUCCUCUUUGGCGGCGCAUCAGUGCCACCUCUCCUAGACCACCAAACCAUUCUCGACGACGACGACGACCACCCUAACAAAACCGGCAGCAACACGACCGCGGCCACACUGAGCAGCAACAUCACAGACAACAGCAACAGCAACAAGAACAACAGUGAUAAUAACAACAACAUCAGCAGCAGCUGCUGCAUUAGCCUAAUGAACAGCAGCAGCAACAUGAUCUAUUGGGAGGGUCACCACCAACAACAGCAGCAGCAGCAUCAGAUGCUGCAGCAGCAGCAGCAGCACAUGAGCAGGAAUGUCAUGGGAGAGUGGGACUUGGAGGAGCUGAUGAAAGAUGUGUCAUCCUUGCCUUUCCUUGAUUUCCAAGUUGAAUGAUUGAGAGGGAGGGGCCCCAUCUAUAGCUGCCAAAGGAGUACAUUGCAUAUAUAUACAAUUAUACAUAUAUAUACAUACAUACACAUUGAAGGUAGUAUUUUUUUCCAUUGACACAUAUAUUCUCUCUUCCAAAUGUACAAGAUUUCUCACACCAACUCCACUUUUGAUCUUGCAUAUAUAUAAAUAUCUUGAAAUUCAUCCUUGUACACAAAAUUAUAGAGUUAUGUAGUCAUGCAAAUAACUAAAAGAACUUGAGUUGUAUAUAUACUCAGUAUCAAGAUACUAGGUAAGAUCGUUUUUUUUAUUUGUAGUAUCACAGGAUCGAAAUACUACCAGAUUUUAGAAAGUACAUAAUUUAAUAUAAAGUAUAAAGUAUGUUGUAUAAAUUAAAGCAUAUAAUAUUGAUUUUGAUCAAUUUAAUUGGUUUU